GGCAGGGAUAAAACAUGGAAUGUCUCAUUAAUUGGUAUUCUGUAUGUACUGUUUAAGCCCGGUUGCCAGGUAAGGCUAUAUGGGCCAGUAAGUUUAUGAUACCUGUGUGGCUCACUAAAAGUAGAUAGGGUUGACCCCCCUUUUUUGUGGGGAUGUUUCCAAGGGCAAGGGUAGGGCUAGGGUUGAAAAGACUUAAAUGCUAAAAUUAGGUAUGAGUUAAGACCAUUGGGCUAAAAAAUGUUUUAAAUCUAAGUUGCUGGAAAUUAAAAAAGAAAAACAAAAGAGUUAUGGUGCUGCUGUAUAAAAUUGACACCUGGAUCUCUGUGCUCAGGAUGUAAAUAAAAAUUACAACACUUAGCUUAGCAUCCGCCAAAAGGACAUCUGCCCAGGAGGCUAAAUCAAGCCUGCAGCCUUCCAUGGAAGUUCUCUCUAGAGAUGAGUCGAGGAUCCUGCAGACGGCGCGCGCGGUGGUCGCGCGCGUUAACGAAAUAUCCGACUGUGACGUAACAUUUACCUUCCCGCGAAAUUAGAAAAAAAAUUGAACAAAAUACAGUUGUCACCGAUUAGCAUGGACCCAGAAGAGGUGAAAGUUGUCGGUAAGGAAGUAAUUGCCUUUAAGACCUUGCCACAGUUAGCAAGGAUUUUAACGAAUUUCGUGUUUUCUUUCGUAGUUUAUGGGGCAAGAAAUUUACAGCCGAAAAAAGGCGACGGUUUGUGUAACGCAUCAGUCAUUUUUGGUAUUGGCAAGCAAAAAUAUCGAACGGAACAUGUUCGAGAUAACGACCCAACAUGGAACGAAGAAACUGUAAUUAAAGUAACUAAAGCAGCUGCACUGGUUUUUACAGUCAUGGAUAGAGAAGACGUCCUUGGUUCAGUCAGUUUACCACUUGCCCAAAUCCCUUCCGUAGCUCACCGUCGUCGUUGGAUGCCAUUAACUGCAAAAAAUGCCCAAGCUAUGGGCGACCUUUGUAUCGACUGUUGGGUGCUUUCGUUUAAGAAGAGUUCCUCAACAGGAGAAGGCGGCAAGUGGAAACCUUUUGGACUGAGGGCCGGGACUGGAACAAAAGAUCGAAUGAAGCGAAGAACUUCAAUUGAAAAUGCUUCUAUUUCUAAAAGAGGAUCAAGGUCUAUAGAGAAUUUAUACACCCAUCCUGAGCUGAAAGCUGACGGCGAAUUAGAAAAAUCAGGUUCAGAAUUGUCUCCGGUUACUUCGUCGUCCAGUAGAACGUCUCUGGCACCUCCGACUCUUUUCAAGCCUCGUCUGGCGCCCACCCUCGGUCAGGUACUUUCCUCAAGCCGCGCGCCAGAGAUAACGGGGCUAUCUCCAAAAUCCGGUCCUUCGUCCGGUGGGACACGCAUCACCGUGCGAGGCUGUAACCUCGGCAAGUCACAAGAGGACAUCGCGUCAAUAAAUAUCUGUGGCUGUGAUUUGCUUUCUACUCUCGAAUACCACAGUCCAGCAAAGCUUGUCGUUGUUACAGAAGCUUGGAGUGGGUCUGGACCAGUUGUACUAGAGACCAAAUCUGGAGGGCGUGGUAUAUCAACACUUAAUUUUACAUUUCAAGAUAAAGCGGCAGCAUCAGCUGGGUCAAGCGCAGAUAAGAAAAGCAAAGCAACAAAGGCUGAACUGUUGACAGAAAUAACAAAACUUCGAGAGGAAAUUAAUGAUCUAACUGGCGAGAAUCGUUCCAUGAAGAAUUACAUAGAUAGACUGAUGAUAGUUUUAAUGGACAAAUUCCCAGAAGUACUGGAAAAUUGUGGUUCCUCAGCCUAAUAAUUAUGCCUAUAAUUAUCUAUUUUCUCCAAAUCCCUGGAGAAAAUUGAUAUUUAAUUAUUUUUCAAAUUGACCAGUUGUUGCAUGGAAACCAAGUAUAAACAGCUCUGAAUAAAGUUAUUUUUUAUUGAGUAUGACUAAAUUAAUGUUACCUAGGGAGUUCAGAUAUCUGUUUCCACUGGAAAAAUAUGUGAUUAAUUUCAUUAUCUCAGCCCUUAUGUGUAUCUGAAUAAAUAUUUCCAUAAUAAAAAUUAAUAUUCAUCUGUAAUGUUAUAUAGCCAUGGAUUGGACUUACUAGCAGUGUGUUACCCAAUUACUGUUCAAGUAGCAAAUUAAAAAAGUAAAAUUGAUCUUUGCCAAAACUACAGCACUGUAUGUUGAUAACUGCAUGUACCUUGGAAUACAAAUUAUUUUGUUUUAAAAACAUGAUCUACUACGAUAACCUUAGUUUAAAAAUUAAACAUAUAUAUCAGGGUUCUCAUUAACUUAGGGAGUAGAAGGUUUGUUUCAUGAAGCAGACUGCUAACACCAAUUUUGUGUUUUAAAGGGGACAAGCUGCUAGGGAGGUCUAUGGUAUGUUCCCCCAGACAAUUUUGAAAUUGAGGGGCUCUGAAAUGCUAUUUUACAUAUUCUCUUGGGGUCGGGGAUAUAAUUUUGUAUAAGGCCAAAAUGC